CAUCUUAUUUUUCUGUUUCUUGUGGACCGGACGCUUGUGUGGUGUUCGAGUCGUGGUGUUACAAACCGCUUUGCAGUGCGGCCGCCAUUUUGAUUGUCACUGAUUCUAACACGCAACGCAUUAUUGGAGACUGAAACAGUUAAAUCGUAGAAUUUGAGAGCGAUUAAAAUCCAUUUAUUUGGAGUAAGAGUAUUUGCAGUGGAGGACUGCAUGACAUCAAUGUUAAAAAUAUAUUAUCGGCAAUAAUCACGUCGAGCUUGAAGCAUAAUGUCCCGUUACGGCGACUGUAAAGUGUACGUUGGAGAUUUGGGCAAUAAUGCUAGCAAACCGGAACUCGAAGAUGCAUUUUCUUACUAUGGCCCCUUGAGGAAUGUGUGGGUGGCACGUAAUCCGCCGGGUUUUGCUUUCGUUGAAUUUGAGGAUCCACGAGACGCCGAAGAUGCAGUACGUGGGUUAGAUGGACGGACCGUAUGCGGUUGUCGCGCUCGUGUGGAGAUGUCCAACGGCAGCCGUGGGUCUGGUGGCCGUGGGCCGCCUCCUCGUUCUAGGCUUCCACCGCGGCCCUAUGAUGACCGCUGCUACGAUUGCGGUGGUCGUGGGCAUUACGCCAGAGAUUGUUCUCGUAGACGCCGUCGCAGCCGAUCGAGGUCUCGCCGCCGCACUCGCUCGCGCUCCCCAAGGUCUGGAUCCCGCAGCCGCUCCCGUUCCCGUUCGCGCUCCAAGGGAAGGUCUCUUUCGCGUUCAAGAUCGCGUUCCCGUUCUAAGGACUCCAAGAAGUCCUUGUAAACUUUCAUAAAUAAUCAUGAUUCCUUUUUGGCCAUAAAUGUUUCAAGUUUUUCAGUUAGGAGGUUGGUGUAACUUUCACCAAUCAUUGCAGAUCAUUCCCAUUUACGUUUACACAAAAUGUAUGAUAUGUAUUGAUUUUGUAAUCAAUAUAAGCUAUUGACAAUUAAAUAAAUGUUUUAUGCAA